AUGGCUCGUGAAGAAGAGGAGCAAGCUUUGGGCUCGGGAUUGUCAACAGAUUAUGGUUCCAUCUCUCAAGAACAAUCCUCGGUACAAGAGCACAGCUUCCAGAAACUCAGCAACACUAAAUUCGCGAUUAUUCUUUCAUGUCUAUUCAUCAACGUCUUUUUGGCUGCCUUGGACUCCACGGUUGUUGCAACCCUUUUAAGUGUAAUUGCCAGCGACCUUGAUUGUUUACCAUCUAUUUCCUGGGUAGCUACCUCAUAUUUACUAUCUUGUGCUGCUUUCCAACCCAUCUUUGGAAAAUUCUCGGAUAUAUUUGGCAGAAAACAGGUGACCUUAUUCUGCGUUCUCAUCUUUGGGUUGGGAUGUUUAUGUUCUGGUAUCAGCAACUCCUUAUCUCUUAUGGUUUUCGGAAGAUUGAUCAGUGGUAUUGGCGGAGGAGGGUUCAACACAAUGGGGGCAAUCAUAUUAUCAGAUAUUGUUUCCUUGGAUCAACGGGGAUUGUAUCAAGGGUAUAUCAAUAUUUUCUAUGGGGUGGGAAGUGGACUCGGUGGAGUAUUUGCCGGGUUUUUCCAAAAGUACUUUGAUUGGCGAAUGGCAUUUCUCUCACAGGUUCCAGUCUGUGUGAUAUCGGGGGUCUUGACUUAUUUGUACUUGGAAAUCCAUGCAGACCACCACAAAAUCAACGGAAAAACUUAUACCGAAAAAAUUAAGAGCAUUGAUUUCCAUGGGUCUGUUGUCUUGAUUGGUUCGAUCUUCUUGUUGAUGCUUGCCGCAUCUGUCGGAGGGAAGGAUAUUGCGUUUGAUAGUAUUGGGUUUGUGCUACUCAUUAUUUUUGGGGUUUUAGGAUUACUCCAUUUCUACUUUUACGAAUUGAGCAUCGAGGAUCCCGUCAUACCUGUGAAGUUAUUGAGCAUCCCUACUGUUUUUUCGAGCUCGAUUGCAUGCUGGGUAUUGUCAAUGAACACAUUCAGCAUUCUUUUAUAUCUUCCGUUCUUUUGGGAAGCGGUCCACGAUAGAUCAAGUUAUGAAUCAGGGAUCAGAUUGAUUCCUGGUGCGGUUGCCGCGUCAGUUGGCUCAAUAUUCGCAGGGGUCUACAUUAAGAUAUUCAAGAAAUACAAAAUGUUAUUGAUUGUCUGCUCAUUGAUCAAUCUUUGCGGAUCAAUUCUCAUAUACUGUUCUUCAAUUAACGGGAACUCCUUAUUUUAUGAAAUGACCAUCUUAGUGCCUUGCCAGUUUGGUAUGGCAUCGGUGGUCACCAUAAUUCUUAUCGCAAUGGUCUCUUCGGUGUCAAACACCGAGCAUGCUUUGGUAACAUCUAUUCAGUAUGGUUUCAGAUCUACAGGAAGCACUUUGGGGGUUUCAUUGGCCAGUGCCAUAUUGCAAAAAUCAUUGCACGAUAACAUGAUGAAUAAUUUCAAAUAUGUCAAGGAAAAUCCACAGUUGGUAGAAAAGGUGAUUCGCAAAGCCCUUAUAAAUGUCAAUUAUGCACACACAAGUGCGCCAGAGUUUGCAAAGUCGUUGAUUAUUGCUGCUUAUAACUCUGCGUGUCAUGAUGUCUUCAAGUUCGUGGUACUAACAGGCACACUAGUAGCCGGUAGCAGUCUAUUCAUAAAUGAAAAUGAAUUGUCCUGA